AUUGUGGGAAGGGGGACCAGACUACGAGUGACGUGGCGUAGCGGAAAUUGGGUCAUGCAUGUUUUCAACUUUCAAUUUAGUAAUGGUGUUUUCCACAUGGGGUUUUCCCGAAUCGACCCCUUUUUUACAGGAGUUUUCAAAUGUUGGAUAGAAUGACAACAUCAAUGUGGUUAUAAUUUGUAGACAGGGUAUAACUCUAUGUGUUUAUUGGAAGGUAAUUUACACGCAGCUUAAAAUUUUGGGCUGAAAAUAGACUACACGCACCAAACCGUAAGCUGGCAGAUCAUACAUACCCACCUGAUAGCAAGCAGAAAUGAUGUUAUGUAAAUGUGUACUAUUAGCAAUUCUGCUGUCAUGCUGUUGUGAGGCUUGCCUGCUUAGAAAGGAUGGGACGUGUUGCAAAACAAAGAAAUGUUCUACAGGAGAGGGGUAUAAUUUCUGUAAUGGCACACAGGAACAUCCGGGGGAAGACACCUGUUUUCCUUGUCCAUCAGGGACACAUAACCGGGACUCCAUUAAUACCGGUGAAAUGCCAACAGUCUGGAGAGUUUGUGUGCCUUUAGACUGCUCUUGUGAAUCAGAUGGAAAUGUCAUAGUAAACAAGGAAGCAUGUUUAAGAGGAGAAGAAAAGAUUUGUGUAUGUGACAGAAAACAAUUCUUCUUUGGAUCUGAUCCCAUGAUAUGCGAAAAAGUGAGAGACCCAAUGAUUAUUGAAAGUGUUAAACGUCCUGGCCAGGAACUCACUAACACUGGUAGAAAUAAAAGCUGUGAAGAAGGACAUUUUAAGUCAACAGCUGAUGCGAGCAUCUGUAAACCUCACACAAAAUGUGGAGCAGGGUAUCAGAUUAAAUAUCCAGGCAACACUACCAGUGAUGUAGUGUGUGAAGAAAUCCCAGGAAGGGAGACCACUCAGAAAAUCCCACCUCAUGGAGACAAAAAUGACAUCAGCCAUCCACAUAACAAAAAUGAAACGCGUGAACCAGAUCCCCCAGUGGAAGAAGAAUCUUGGUAUACAGGACUGAUAGGGAUUGCAGCAGUGGGCCUGGUGGUACUAGUUAUUAUUGCAGUGGUUUGUGUAAUGGUCUGGAAAUAUCCUGACAAAUGCAGGUGUUUCAGUCCCCUGAUUAAAAAUUUGAAGUUGAGGUGUGGGAUUCAAACCCAUCCUCCAGCAGACGAAGAAAGCCCAGCAAUGAAUGAAAACCGAGAGGAACCAGUGUAUGAAGAAAUAGAUCGUGAACAAACCAACUUACUAAAAGCAGUGGAACCAGAAGUGGAACCAGAUGCAUUGUCUGAUCUUGGACAGGGUGGCUCAUUUGGAUCUUCAAGUGAUGUGCCAACUUAUGUACGAUCUGGUGAAAUCAGUGAUUUGCCAACACUUCCAUCAACAGCUACUAGUUCAGGGGACCCAGGUUGCAGGGACUGUCACCAUAGUGAUACAGAUUCAGAGACUUGUGGGACCUCCCUCAGAACAGAUCCAAAUUUGGGCAAAAGGAAUGAGGCCAAGCCUGUUGGUAUAGUAGUGCCCAACCAAAGGGUUGAAAAUGAAGGACAACCAGUAUACUCCUCAGAGAACGGCCCGGGGCUGUUAGCUCCCACAGGUUGGAGGGUCACAGAUCCCGCUCCAAGGAUUUACAGUGGUCAUCACCAAGUCUAAGAAGAUAUUGGUGAUUAAACACCUGAUUAACUGAUGAUUAUGACAAUAGACAAUGACUAAAUAUCUCAUGAGUUUUGUAAAACUCAUGAGGACACAGUACUUCAUACUGAGGAUGUCUGCUUGGGCUGUCCAGAACAGAAGUACAAGACAAUGAGAAGAUGCAGCACGCCAUUUACAACUAAGAUAUACAGAGGACAAAAAGGGAAAAUUAAAAAAUAUAUGUAGAAAAUGUCCAAAGGAGUCAGCACUUAAUACAAAGGAUUUACAUUGUAUGGAUACAAAGGUCUUGCUGGAUAGAAAAUUUCAAAUGAAAAAGAAAUUUAAGAAUACAUGUACUUACUAAAAGGAACAAAACUUCAAUAUUAACUUAAGAAUAGGAAACUUAACUACAUCUUUAGUUUGCUCUUUGUCAUUGUUUGGAUUGUUCAUUAAUUCAAAAUCUACACGACUAACAUAAUCAGAAGACUGGAAAUGCCCCCCUUUUUUUUUACAUGAUAAAAGUCAUGAAAAUAGUGAUGGGAGUCGUGGAAAUUCAGAAAAGUAAGUUGUUCAGGACAGAAGUAUAUGAAUGUCCAAAAAGGGCAUAUGUUACACUGCAUUCCAAGCUGGCUGAAGCUUUGUUUGAUAGGCUGACCACUGUUUUACUUGGCCUGCAAGGGGAUGAUGUAAGCAAAGUGGUGUUAUGAUGAGGCCUAUGAAAAUAUUAGCUCCAAGGGAGCAAGCAAUCAGUCCAGAAAAUAAAAUAAGUAUCCUAUGAGAUUGAGAUUCAGUAGUACAGUGUGGGUUCUUUGUCAGGCACCAGUUGUAGUAACCCGGUGGUUAGAGCACUGGGUAUGCAACCAGGAACCCCAGGUUUGAUUCUCGAUCUUGGCACCAUGGUUUCCCCAUGAUGUCUAAGAUAGGUAGUGAUUCUUACUCUACCAAGCACCCGGCAACGGGCAUUAAGAGUGAAAAGUCUUUUGGAUAUGACCUUAAAAACGGAAGUCCUGUGUCAUGGUAGGCAUUGGCACAAUGAAGAACCUUCAAGGCUAUUGCUGUAAGCGCCAUGCAUUGAUCAGUGGCACUUCACCUGAAGCUGGUGAAAAUUCUGGAAAGGGAUAUCAAACAAAAUACAAACCAAUCUCUAUCCAGAAGUACCCGACAAAAUAUUGAUCUAUCAAUUCAGUUCUGUUUGGUCCAAAAUCUGUUGACGUGAAGAAUCUAUUGCAUUAUAUAAUAAUUGCAUGUACUUUUAUGCAAUCCUAUUUUAUUACAUUUACAUAUCUUUUAUGCGUACAUACAUCCCUUUUUUUAUACAUGAAAACUCUUGAUUAACUUUGUUGUCAUGUUGUAAAUGUGAUGGAUCUGUUAUAUGGUUUAAUCUUUUGAAUUAUAUUUUUUCUUUGAGGAACUGAACAACUUUUUAGUGGCACUAGUGUGUAAACUAGAUCAUGACUCUUUGUGAUUGUUUUAUCUAUUCAUACCACUGUCUUUCACAUUGUUAUAUCUGUAAAGUUUUAAUAUUUAUUGUCCCCCACUGCAACGCGGAAGGGGACAUAGAAAUACCGGUGUCCGUCCGUCCCACUUCACUUUGCUGACGCAACUCCUCAGAAACCGCCCAACGGAUUUUGUUCAUAUUUUGUAAGAUUGUUAGUCACCAUGUGUAGUUGAUCAUAUUAUGCUGCCAUUUUGAUUCGACAAUUUUUACAGGAGUUAUGGGACUUUUGUGUUUCAACUUUUUUUGCGACGGUGGGGGACAUGGCUACGUGUAGCAAUCUUGUUAAAAUUUACAGUAUGUACAUAUAUCAUGUUUGUUAUCAGUGGUCAUAUAAUUGUCGACAUAAAAUGGUUUAUUUUGUAAAAUUCUAAGACUGAGACAACCUCAAAAUUAGACAUUUUGGUCUUCAUGAAUUUUGUUGAUAAAUUGUGAGGUGUAUCGUCCGAUUGGAACCUUUAAUAGAGUGAUUGAAUAGAUUUAACAAAUGGAGAAUACAGGAAUUACAGACCUAUUAUGUUUUGAUCAUAUAACAGUGCUGUACUUUUCAUUGUGUUAUCUAUGACUUAUUUUAUUAUUUUUUUCUAUUUUUAUAUGUAACUUCCUUUGUGUUUAAGAAAAUUGUUAUCAUCUAGUCAUUGAAACAUAAAGCAUAAUCAUUAUACUCAUAGCUUGAUUCAUGCAUGCAGUUGUUUGUUACCAAAGCAUUAUCAAAACAAUAAAUGGCAUUGAUUAAUCUA